CAACUUAAAAACUAGGAGCAAACAACUAGGCAAGCCAUCUAUAAAACCGUUGGACUCUUGAACUCUUUUAAACUUAAACACCUUCUAUCUUUGUGUCUUCGUGAUCUCCGCCUCUUCUUUCUGUUUCUCUCGUCCUUGCAUCUAUCGAAACCGAUUUCAAUGGCUUCUUUAACUGGAGCUUCAUUGAACUUCACUUCUCUUUCAAGUUCUUUCAGGCGGACCCAGUUACCUCUUCGUGGGAUCUCUAAUGUCAAAUCAGUUAGCUUCCCAUCUCUUAGAAUGCAGCCAGGCUUCCGCGUUUCCUGUAUGGCCAAACCAGAGACUGUGGACAAAGUUUGUGAAAUAGUGAGGAAGCAACUGGCACUACCUGAUGGUUCUUCCCUCACCGGAGAGUCAAAGUUUGCCGAACUUGGAGCUGAUUCUCUUGACACGGUUGAGAUUGUGAUGGGACUUGAGGAGGAGUUCGGUAUCAGUGUGGAAGAAGACAGUGCCCAGAGUAUUAGCACUGUUCAGGACGCAGCUGAUCUGAUUGAGAUGCUCAAGGAAAAGAAUAACGCUUAAGAUGUUGCUGCAAACAGAGGGUGACAAAGUCCCCUUAAAAACCCCUGAUUUGCCUCUCCCUUGUUGUCAUACUGUUAGUUUGUUUUGUUGCUAAUGGACGCUUAAACCAGAGUAUCUUCUCUGAUGAGCCAACUUGAAAUUUGGCUGUUCAUCAUUGUCCUUACAGUUUAUGUAAAACUCAAAUGUCUCAUUUCCCUGUUGUCCUUAGGCAUUUGUUUUAGGCACAAGUACCUCAAAAAAAAAAAAAAAACCCUUAAA